GCCGAACUCUACCUGCAGGAGGAGGCUGUUCGAGUUUAUCUCUCCAUCGAUAAGAAGAAGUCUUUGUUUUCUGACCCAACUUGGAUACAGAUAUGCUUUGCUCUAACAAUAUUCCAUUUGCCCUCAUCCACAUAAGCAUCUCCCCACCAGCUUCUGAUCGGUAGCCCGUGAGCUCACCUCUUCUUCCUCCGAGCACAGAGCCAGCCAUGGAGCAAGCAAGCUCUUCGUACGAUGCCGAGUCAUGGGAAGAACAGGCGUUCGCCAGAGACUCCGCAGGAGAUUUAGGAAGCUGCGUAUGGCCUCCCAGGUCGUAUUCGUGCAGCUUCUGCGGGCGAGAGUUCCGAUCAGCUCAAGCACUCGGUGGCCACAUGAACGUGCACCGGAGGGAUCGCGCCAUGCUUAAACACUCUCCGAGCCUCGAUUCCUGCACACCAACAGGCGCGGCAUGUCCGCCCCCGAUCGCCUCUCUGGAUCAGAGAGCUCUUGUCAACCCUAACCCUAAUUCAUCGUCUAUCUCUACUAGGGUUCCUGCUGCUGCAUCCAGACUGGAGUGGAAGGAACGCGACUCCAUAUCUCCCUUGUACUCCUCGUCUGUUGUCGGGGAGAACCGAAAGCGAUCGCUCUUCUCCACAGCCAGCACCGAAUCAGCAACUCUACAGCUAUUCUCUCUCCCAGAACUAAAUCUGCCCAAGAGGAAUUCUCAAAGGUGGAAAGAUGAGGACGAUAGCGAUGACUACAACAGAUGCUGCAAGAGAGUUAGGAGAACCGACUCAGUGCAUCCCUUCCGUGUUCGACCAUCUUCUUCGGGGGAGACGCAACCGCUGCACCCUGAGGUCCUCAAACAUGAUCAUGGCCCCGUUGAAGAGUUGGAUCUUGAGCUUAGGCUUGGAGACAGCCCUCAGGUUAAACCUUUGUGCUUGGAUGAAGAUAGAUAGAUAAAUACAUAUCUUUCCCUCUUUGGUUCUUCCCAUCUUCCUUCACCAAAAUUUCUCGGAAUUGAUCUUGGAGUUUCUCGAAUGGAUGCCAUACGCUAGAAUGGUGUUACAACAACAUGUAGAAGAAGAAGAAAGAUGUCUCCAAAUAUUAAUUGUGCUGAUUUGCUCAGUAUAGCGCUCUGAAAAUUGUACCAAAACAGAUGGCAUUUGCACUACUGGUGAUUUCUCGUUCUUGACAAUAUGCUAUCACUUGCUUGCACACAGUUGAUCUUUCAAGAACUUGAUAAUAAUU